AUGGAAGCAGCCGUCUCACUCCUGGCCUGCUUGUUCUGCGUCCUCCUAAUGGGAUCAUUUGUGAGAACUAAGAGAGAUACUACGGAGACCCUGCUCUUCACGGAGGUACACAGUGCGCCGGAGGAGCGCUGGUCCAUGCAGGUACCCGCGGAGGUGAGCGCGGCGGCGGGCGAGGCGGCCGUGCUGCCCUGCACCUUCACGCACCCGCACCGCCACUACGACGGGCCGCUCACCGCCAUCUGGCGCGCGCGCGAGCCCUACGCGGGGCCGCAGGUGUUCCGCUGCGCGGCGGCGCGGGGCAGUGAGCUCUGCCAGACGGCGCUGAGCCCGCAAGGCCGCUUCCGGCUGCUCGGCAACCCGCGUCGCAACGACCUGUCGCUGCGUGUGGAGCGCCUCGCCCUGGCCGACGCCGGCCGCUACUUCUGCCGCGUCGAGUUCGCGGGCGGGGACGUCCACGACCGCUAUGAGAGCCGUCACGGCGUCCGGCUCCGCGUGACCGCCGCUCCACGGAUAGUCAACAUCUCCGUGCUCCCUGGCCCAGCACACACCUACCGCGCACUCUGCACCGCCGAGGGGGAGCCACCGCCUGUCCUGGAGUGGGCUGGCCCUGCCCUGGGCAAUGGCUCGGCCACUGGGCUGAGCCUGAGUCAGGGUCACAGCUACCGGGUGACUGCGGAGCUCCCGGCACUGGCCCAGGAUGGUCGCUACACCUGCACGGCCACCAACAGCCUGGGGCGUGCAGAAGCCAGUAUCUACCUGUUCCGUUUCCACGGUGCCUCCGGGGUCUCGGCGACCGCCUUUCUGCUCGGUGCCCUCUGCUUCAAGGCGCUGCUGCUGCUUGGCGUCCUCAUAGCCCGUACAGCUGCUGCCCGCCGCAGCCUAGAGCACCCAGUCGCCCAGGCCACUUCUCCACGGCCCCAGGUUCAGGAAUCCAAUUAUGAAAAUUUGAGCCAGAUGAGCCCCCAAGAGUCCCGGGCCGCCGUGUGUUCACCAUGA